UCCUGCCAUGCACACAGCCCCUGCCCAGCUUGGGCACCAGCCCAGCAGGACUCUGGGAAGCAGAGGGGGAGCAGACAUUCUGGGCUUCUGGCCCACAUUUCCAUGUGCUUUGGAAGUCCUGCCCCGGCUGUUCCCAUAAAUGGCUGGGCCCUCCAGACGGAGGCUCCUUGCUGUCCUCAGGUUCCCUGGGGGAGAGCACCUUGCAUGUGCCUGACUCACUGGCAGUGCCAAGCUGGCCCUGUGGUCACCUCAGGCUCCUGCCUGCACCAGCUCCGUGUCCAUUUGUGUAAGUAGACAGAGCCACCUGAGUAUUGCCCGUGGGGCCCCAGGCCAGGUCCCUUUGCCCCAGUUGGAGAAGGGCCCUAAAUGCUGGAACAUGGCAGGAACUGGCUCCUGGGCAGGGUUUAGCUGCCAGAGGCACCCCUGCCCGACCCCAGCACAUGGCCUCACCCUGAGCCUUCCCUCGGGAGGCCUAUAUGGGUUUGAGGGAAUAUCAUUUUGAGGAGCAUUUUUAUAACUCUUACCUCCAUGUUUAUUGUACAAUACAGAAAACCACAAAGACAAUAAAAGCCCUUUAUAUCAACACCAAGAAAUAAGCACUAUUGACAUGUUAGUGUACAUCUUUCCAGCCUUUUUUCUGAGACAUAUUUCGAGUGGAUCACACUGCAUUUAGUUGUAUGUCCUUUUACCAGUUACCAUGGCUAGAUCUGUUUUUCAGACAUUGAAAUGCCAAACCUAGAACCUGGUCAAAUGGAAGUUGGCCUGUUUUCUGGGACCAGAGGCUUCCACUGCCAGCCUGGCCCCCUCUGUCAGGACCCUUCACCCUGAGCCUCUUCCCAGUGCUACAGCCAGGCCUGGCCCCCAGUAUCUGUCUCCUAAUAGUCUUCAGCCCACAGUUUUUGACCCUGCGAUCUCCAGCCACCAUAUGUGGCUGUGUCUGUGUGUGUACGUGUGUGUCUGUGUGCAUGUGUCUAUGUGUGUGUUGCACACAGACUUGGUUGUACAGGCCUGUUCCAUGGGGCAGGAUGUGGAGAUGAGGUGUUUUAGAUGUAAGAGUGUAGAAGUUUAUGACUGCUUAGGACAAUGGAAUCUGUAAACAUAUCCUCUAAAUAGUUCCGAGCUUUCUACCACCAACUUCUCUAAUUAAUCCCCUCCCCAGCCUGUUUCGAAAGCUCUUUGUCUGCCAGACAAAGGUCACAUCACCCCCUUUCCUAUCUUUGUGAACCUCAGGGUAGCAUGCUGCUUGUCAGAGCUUGUGGAGAGCAUGAGGGCACCAGCAUGCAAACCCUAAAGGUCUGAGCUGCAGACGGAGGGCAAAGAAACAACAUCGCGGUCACCAAGACCAGCCUUAUUCCCUAGUCCUUUUGAAAUACUAGAAUUCUUCAGACUUCUGUUUCUGCCUCCUCAGAUGAGGAGGCAGGGUGGAUGAGGCCAGGCCUACCUGGAAGGAGGCAGAGGAAGAGGAGGUGGUGACAGAAGGAAGAGGGGACAUUCCAGCAUAUUCUACAGUGGUCCUGAAGUCUGAGCCCUUCCCUGUGCUGCGCCUGUUGAUACCUGUCAGCUGAUUGCUCCUCAGUGACCAGCUACCCGGGGCAGAGAUGCUUAUGGUUGCUGGGCAGUUUCUCAGAUCUCCCCACCGCCUCCCAGCCCCCAGCCUUCCUCCAGCUGCUCACUCCCAACCCCAGCCGAUCCUGGCUCUAACACAAGUGAAUCCAGUGGCUUUGGUUUAGGCCUGAAAAAAAUUUAAAUAGGUUCCUUGAAAAAUUAGAAAUAGAACUACCAUAUGGCAAUUCCAAUUCUGGAUAUUUAUCUGAAGAAAAUCAAAUCACUAUCUUGAAAAGAGUUCAAGGGCAUGCACCCCAAAUGGAAGGUACCAGCCCCACAACCUAGCCCUGCUGACCUUCAACCGACUGAGAAGUCAUGGGAUCAAGCUGUCCCUGGGGAAACAGGUGUAAGGACAAGGCAGGGGAAGGGUCGUGCACAGCCCUAGGGUGGACCACACAUCAACCAAGAGAAAAAAGCCAAAAAUGUGAACAUAGGAGGCCCAGAUGGAAGAACAUGGAGAAAGAAUUGUGCUUCCAGAGUCAAGACCCAGAGCCACUUCUGUCCAUCAGCCCAGCCACCUGCUCAGAGAUGACCCCCGCCUGUGGAGGGAAGGGUCUCACCCAUCCCUGGCCAAGGCCCAAGGGUGGCUCCAGCACCAGAGAGAAGUGACCAAGUACAGUGAUACAAGCUCUGGCCCAAAAGUCAGGAGCCCUGGUUCCCCUCUUGGCUCUGCCGCUAACUAGUUCUGUGAACCAGGUUGUAUGGCUUGACCAUUCAGGACCUCUGUUUCCUCACCUGUAAAAUGGGGACAGUUGGACUAGAAGAUGGGUGGGGGCUUUCCAGUUCUGACAUUCGUGGCUGACCCUUUAGCCCCUGACAUCACAACAUGGAGCGGGAUUGUGAUUGGCCCAUAGCCUCCCCCAGCUCUGCUGUUCUCUUGGUCAUGGACACAAGAUGGACGUGCCAUGGACCUUCCCUAUUUGUGCUCUUCUGUUAUGGGCAACUCUUGCCAUGGCUCAGGACUGAGGAUGAGCAGACCUCAGGUGGGGCUGGGACCCAGAGGAGCGUAGGAUUGGACAAGGGGCCCAGGCAGGGGUGGCCUCUGCUGGGACAGCAUGAUGCCCAUCUCCUCUGCAGACAAGUUCUACAAUGAGACCAUAGCAAAGAUGUUCCUGCAGUUUUAUGAGCACACAGCCCAGGUUGUGUGGAACUGGUUCAUGGAGGCCACCUGGGACUAUGUCACCAACACCACCAAGAAAAAUCAGGAGCACAUGCUGCACAAGGAUGUGGAAAAGUCCCAGCACUCGCUGUACUUUGGCAGCCAGGCCGGCUUGUUUGAGAUCACCAGGUUCCAGGACCCGACCGUGAGGCGCAUGCUGAGUAAGCUGCAGAACAGAGAAAAGGCAGCCCUGACCAAGGACGAGCUCCAGGAGUACAAUAAGCUUCUGGCCUCCAUGAAGACAACAUACAGCAUGGCCCAGGUGUGCCUGAAUGAGGGUCCCUGCCUGCCGGUGGAGCCUGGUUACAAAGACAUGGGGGCCUUGUGGUGGUCCAAGUAUGAGCCUGACACACUGGAGCACGACCUGGAGCAGCUCUUCCAGGAGCUGCAGCCGCUCUACCCGAACCUGCACGCCUACGUGUGCCAGGCCCUGCACCACCACUACGGGCCCGUUGCUCAUCAACCCGGAGGCCCCAUCCCUGACCACCUACUGGGGAACAUGUGGGCUCAGUCCUGGGUCAGCAUCGUAGACCUGGUCCUGCCAUUCCAGGAAGCCCCUGAGGACAUCACGAAGAUCAUGGAAAGCCAGCGCUGGAAGCUGGAGAAAAUGUUCAAAGAGGCUGAAGAAUUCUUCACCUCCCUGGGGCUGCUUUCCCCUUCUCCUGAGUUAAAGAUCCAGGGCCUCUACCCCUCUAUCCCUUGGACAGAAGAUGACUUCGACCCAGGUGCCAAGUUCCACAUCUCUGCCAGCGUGCCCUACCUACGGUACUUCCUCAGCCUGGUGCUCCAGUUUCAAUUCCACGAAGCGCUGUGCAAGGCUUCAGGCCACAUGGGGCCAUUGCACCAGUGUAACAUCUACAACUCUAAGAUGGCCAAGAAGCUCCUGGAGUGAGGAUGUCCUAAACUGGGCUCAAGCAAGCCCUGGCCAGAGGUCCUGGAGAAGAUAACUGGGCAGACGGAGGUGUCCACAAAAGCCUUUAUGACCUACUUCAGGCCCCUACGGAACUGGCUGGUGACUGAGAAUGUGCAGCAGGGGGAGAUCCUGGGCUGGCCAGACUUCAGCUCUUCCUUUGAAGAUAAGAUGACAUUCCUAGGUCUGGAGCUGGAACUUGACAAGACCAAAUUUGGGCAAUGGGUGCUGCUGGCCCUGAGAUUUGUCAUAUUCCUGGUGAUCCUACUGCUGGCCUGCAGGCUGCACUCCUUGUAGAAAAGGUCACUGGCCCAGGACACCAAUGCACAGGACAUCAGUUCACAGGACACCAGUGCAUUCAAGACUCCAACCAAUACCUACUUCUUGGGCAUGGCCAUAGAGCCUCACCAGGCUGCCAAAAGACCGUGGAUCCUGCUGGGCAUCUGCCUCAUCCUGAUGCUGUGCUCAAUCAGCCUGACCAUUUGGAUUUUCACACAGCACAACAGGAAGCCUCCAUGGAUGAGAGCUGAAUGGUGGGACUAGAAGCCAGUGUGCCUGGUGAGGCUGGGGACAGGAGGAGAAUGGCCAAGCCAGAGAGGGAUGGGGAGCUGGGGAGGAAACAGCUUUCAUGCAUAGCGUCCAGCUGCAAUUGGGUGUAGCUGUGGCAGAUUUGGAUACCUGGGGGGUUGCAAUUGUGUGUUUGAGAGCUCAUGUAUGUGAGGUCAUGUACACAAGCAACUGACCCCAUGUGAUUCUGUGUAUGCCCUGGGUUCCAGGCCAACCUCCUUCCCCUAGGGGUUCAGGAACCACAGUUUUAGUGACCCAGCCUCACUGUAAUUCAUUCCCAGAGCUGAUUCUUCACACAGCUUUUGUUCUUCAAGACCCACUGUGGGGUGGGGCUGAGCUGGAGCUACAGUGCGCAAGUAAUGUAUGCUCUCGUUAGAAACAAGACACUGCCUCAGUCCCCCUAUAAAAUGUAUUCAAGUAGACCCAGACAUUCCUGUACAAGCCACUGGUUCCCAUUUCACACAGCACAUUUCCUGAGCCCUGUGCUGUGUAUAUUAGCCCACACAUUAUUCUGCUGAUCUUCUGGCCUGCUCUGUGUGGGGCUGCAUAAUCCACUUCUAAAAAGGUACUUGUCAGCCUCACAAACUGCCCCACAGCCCUCUCUGCCCCAAUCCAGGCCCUCCCAAAUGAAGACAGAGGUAGCUGGGCUCUGAGCCAGGCUUGAUUAAUGAUUGACUUCUUUAAUAUUUAAACAGGGCUCAUCUCCAGCCACUCCACUCCAGAGAUGGCCUUGUUCAACACACACACCUGCUGCCUGGCCUGUUGCCCUGGGGAUCAAGCAUAGGGCAAACAACACCUUUUCAGGCUCACUUGGGUAGGGGCAAACUGUAGGAGGACAUUUGGAAAAUGAGUAUCUAGGGACAAGCCUGGGAAGAAAGAGGGCAGGCCUCUGCUCCUACUCCUCUGGGCCCCUUCUUUCCAGCCUUGGUCUGCCUGCCAUGGGGAUUCCACACCCAAUACAUGGAGACUCACUGAGUUUGGACUGAGGCCUCAGGGAUUCCUGGGGAGGCUGAGAAUCAGUGCCUGUCAGAAAUUAGGGGAAUUUUGAGGGGAAGUGACAUCAUAGCCAGUAACCACAGAGAGGAGGCACCAGGGCUGCAGCUGAGCUGGUGGGAGGGUGGCCAAAGGAUGGGACUAGUUCUUUCUAGAUGAAGGAUCUGAGCCCAGGGGUUCAGGGACAAGAGGGACUGGGCUGAGAUCUCCAUGGACACUACCUCUGCUCAGGUUUCAAGAGACUUUUCUGAGCUCUGGCUGAGCUCAAGCAUUUCUUACUCGGGCCACAGGCCCCACAGUACCCUGGUUUGAUCUCUCUGUCACUGCUUCUUCUGUGCUAUAAUGUCCUAAUUUGUCCCCAUGACUUGCUGUUAGUUCUGUAAGGGCAGAACACCCCUCAGGAGUGUGCCCCUGUGCCAGCACAGGUUAUGGUAAGUAAUGGGAACUUGUAAAAUGUUUGAAUAAGUAAGUAAAUGAAUGAAUGUGUCCCCUGCUCAAGUCCCUCCUCAGAGCUCAGCAUCCCACACACUGAGCCCAUGAGAAAUAGCCCCACCUUUCCUCCACAGCCAGCCUGCUCCCCCCGUACAGGGGCAGCCAGGACAACUUUGCUCCCCCCACCCAGGAGGCCACAGUUGUAGCCCUCCCAUCUGCCAGCCACAGUGGACAACGAGGCCCCCAUCAGGCUUGUGGCUCUGUGUAGCAAAGGCACACCCAGCCCAGGACUCCAAGCCUCUCACCUGGACCAGCAAAAACCUUACUGAGCCGUCUUGUUCAUCCUCCAUCCCCUACCUGCCACUGUAAAGUUUCUUUCACCAGAAUAUUUCCUUCAUGUCUAACUGCUUAAGAACUUCGUUGUCAUCAAUGAAAUCUCGAUGUUCAAAAUGGCAUCUGAGGGUCUCUAUCAGUUCCCCUUUUCACCAGCUUCAGCUCUCUCACUCCCUCGCUCAGCCUCUUUGCACUGAUUCCACCAGCCUUUGCCUAUGGGACAUGCUGCAUUUGAACACUUGCCCUCCAAGGCCUGGCUCAGAGCUGGUCAUUGGACCCUCUGCAAAGCGCCAAGCCCACCGAGAUGCUUCAGUGAACAGUGGUACUCUUCUUUCCCUCCUCUCCAAGAAGCCUAUUUCAAUAAACC